AUGCUUGAAUACUCGUUUGAUCUCUCCCUCCUCACUCUGCUCUCUCCUCUCCUAUCUCAGGGGAUGUGGAAGUCUCAGAUUGCCCUUCGACACGUCCUCGGCGACCCAUGGCCGAGCAUGUCCUUGGAGGCUCGUGGGCUCAAUGAUGUGGACGACAGGGUCACGCUCGUCGCUGCCAUGAACGAGAUUUCACGGCUGGGGAGGGACAACCUCACGAGGACGAACGAGGCGCACAGAGAAGUGACGGAGCAGGGUGACAUGAAGAGUCCUGAUAUCGGCAGUGACAUCAGCAGAAGCCUUGAGCCGUAUCAUCCAGCGAUCGCAGAUGAAUUCCAGGAGGGAGGGGAGCACCCGUUGAGCUCUCGGUCGCAUCGCCAUCAGGACGGCGCCUCGUCUGCCUCCGGGAAGGGAUCAGAGAGCGAGCUGGAGGAGCACUUCAUUAUGAACCUCACCGCCCAGGAGCGGUUGUUGAUCGAGAGGCAAGCUUGCAGCGAGUCGUCAGUCAUGCGCAGUGACGGUGAGGAGCAGAGCUUGCCCAAGGAGAGACCGAUAGCGUCGAAACUCGAGCGUGUGGAAGAGGAAGUCACUGAGUGGGUCAGCGAGCCGGAGGCUGGAGAUUACCCGGAUCUGAGCAGGAAGAACGAAAGAUCGCAAAGUCUGCCCCAUCGCAUCCCUGUCCAGAUCAUGCUGGAAGGAGGGAGCAAGAUCGAGCAGUUCCAACCCUCCAAACCUUCUUCCACAAAGGCGAAGAUCGUCGAGCUCCUUCACUCCCUCCCCGGAUCCCCUCCGAGCAACAAGAACGUGAAGAUGUGGGAGGCUCAGUCUCGCUCCCCGGGCUCCGCUGCAGCAUUGAAGGCCCAGUGGUCGAACACCAAGGUUCUGUCAGGGCUUGGACGAGAAGCAGAUCAGACGCUGACAGAGUACAACUCAUCUGCACAACGUGGUGUUGUGAUGCCGCAUGCGUCGCUCUUCGGCACCCUGCGUCAUCUGCGCAACCCGGACGAGGAGCGACACGUGGAGCACACGAGGGAAGUUGUUUCCCCGCAGAGAGAACUUUAUGUGCCUGCAUAA